GCCUUUUUCGUUCCCUACUCUUGUCUCGCUCUUUGUUCGUGGCAUUGAGGGAGUCAAGCCUCAAGCUCACUUAUAGCUAUACAUUGUGACCAACAACCGGAAAUGCAUCGUGCGCUACUCGUUCCAGACAUCUUAGAUCAUAUCCUCGCGUUCAUCAAGGCUGAUAGUCUGCAAAUCAGUCGUCGGACUUUCGCAGCACUCGCCAGAACUUGCAGUGCUCUCAGCGAUGCCUCGCUGGAUGCUCUAUGGAACGAGCUACGUAGCCUGUACCCGUUAGUAUCGUGCAUCUACGAUACUAACAUGGAAUUCGUUGACGAUGGCACAUCAAAAAUUAACAGCGAUGCGGGACCCGAUUUAUCCGUCUUUCAUAAGUACGCGUAUCGCGUCCACAAAGUAGAGCUUUCUGGAUACGAAGGCGGCUGGAGGGCUACAGCUGUCCAUGAUGAUCUGGGAGUGUUUCACGUUCUUAAAAUUCCCACUCCACUCCUUCCCAAUCUCACCCACCUAGCUUGGGCUGAUGAACUUAGUCUUGCUCUGCUCUGGCCACUGCUCAAUCCACGUUUAUUGUCUCUUCGCAUAUCAAGCUUUCAGUGGAACCCGAAAUCCACCCCAUUACUUCUCUCCAAAAUAAGGGGGCUCUGUCCGGAGCUGAAUACACUGGGGUUCUUAUUCUAUCUGUCAGAAGGAUACGAAGCUAUAGCAGAAAGCUUCUUAUCCCGAGUAAUUUGCUCUUGGAAGAAGCUCGAGGUGCUGGACUACAGCCCAGUGGGUUGCGAAUGCAUCCUUAGCCUUUCUGCUUUGUCAUCUCUCAGAAUCCUUCGGUUGCGUGUUGAUAACACAUCUGACCUCAAUCUGCCCCCAAAUUCGCUCUCAUUUCCAUCACUGCACAGUCUCCAAUUUCAAGCCAACAGCCUAGCGACUGCUAAUUCCAUCCUUCAAGCGAUAAGGACAUUACCCAAAUCUUUAGAUAUCUUCCUUCCGGUGUAUCGGUCGGGGGAUGCUGGUGUGGAAACAGUCGAGCCCAUUCUGCAACCUAUCAGUCAAAAUGCAUCUUGCGGCAACCUUGAAGAAUUUCGCAUGAACGUCCCCGCCUUUCUGAGCGGCGGUGUCAACGGCUCUAAUGUGUUCAGACCCCUUUUCCUAUGCCGCAACCUUCGCGUAUUGCGCAUAAUGAUGACACCGUUAUUCUUGCUCGUUGAUGAUGAUCUGCGUGCCAUGGCUUCUGCUUGGCCACUAUUGGAGGAACUUGAGCUGUUCGACUGUCGCAAUCUAUAUCCGCCAGUUCCUUCCCAACCCUUACCUAUCAUGGACCUCCCCAAUGACGACGACGACGAUUUCCCACCUGUGCCACCCCUACCCGUUGGACUCCCUCCUGUGCCACCCCUGCCUGUUGGACUCCCACCUAUGCCACCCUUUACUAUUACGGGCCCAAUGAUGUCAUUGCACUUGGAUGCGACAACACCGUUUCAAGAUUUCAGCAUGGUUCGUGGCAAUCGGAAUUCUGAGAUCACCUUUCACGGUCUCAUUUCGCUUCUGGAGUUGUGCCCUAAUCUUCGCUUCUUCAACCUGGCUAUCGACGCCACCAAGCUGGAUGGACUGCGGGAUGAUAAACCAGGCGGUGGUGUUUGCAAUCGACUGGUCAAACAUCCCAGACUUGUUGAUUCUCACAUCAGUGACCCAGAAGCGGUUGCUCGCAUCCUCCUCGACAUACUUCCUGAACUUGAGACCAUUUGGGGGGAGGGUUCUCCCGGUCCUUUUACAAACAUGUUCAGUUCAACACUGCCUCAAGGAUGGGACCAAGUUCACAGAAUCAUACUAGAUUCUAAAGCAGCACAGAGGUUGUGACGUAGCCACCAUGGCCCGACUUCGGCAACCUAAUGAUUUCACUAUGCCAUUACAACUCUGAAUCAUUUUUUGAACAACUGUACACACUCGAGGACUCAUCACAUAGAUCACAUCUACUGUACAAUAGUUUCCGCUGACCAAUGAAAAGCACCUGCAUUAUUUUACAGCUACGAAAGUAGUAACAGAGUAGAAAUAGUAUGUGGUCAGAAUCUAGGGGGUAGCAUACGUAGCUAAGCACCUGCCAUCUCAACGUCACCUAGACCGUCACCAUUAUUUAGUAGUGUUUCCGCGGCACGCUUGAUAGUGGCAAUCUUGGCUCGCAUGACAGCAAUUGCCUCUGGAAGUAGACGUUGUGGAGGAUAAAAUCCUUCAGACUCUAUGUUAACUAUGCAGGGAUAUCGGUCAGAACACGCA